GUACUGAUACACAGAUACACACGCUUGCACACAGAUAUGGAUACACACAAAAUCUUGUAGGGUUGAAAUGCAAGUAGCACUUUGCUACACAAGGUUUUUGCAGUGGCUAACGGUCUUGCUUUUUUUAUUUGCCUCCAUAGAAUUUAUAUUGGGAGGCAGAGAUGGCUACCCACUGACAGGUCCCUGGAGUGCCCAUCGCUGCACUGGAGUUAUGGCUAAUGCUCAUUCUCACACAUGACCUCCUUUUCACUCCAGUUGGCAUUGACUUGCUACUUUCUGCUGCUCCAUUGGGCUGAGUGCAAGGGAUGGCAGAAAUAUCAGAGGUGGCUGCUUGUGGAGUGACACACCCCCUGUUAUUUGGUGUCUGGACGUCAGAGAGUGGGGCGGGAGAGACAUUGGAAUUGCUCCUGGCUCAGUGACUGUCAGCUCAGUGACUGUCAGCCCAGUGUAGCAGCAGCACAAGGAGAGGGGAACACACAGAAGGGAAUAUCACAUUGGAGUGUGUGCAUGCAACAGACUGCUGAGUGCAUCACUGCAAAGAGCAACAACAAGAAUGGCUGCAACAACCGUAAGCACAGGAAAUGCAACGUGAGACACAUCAUUGAUUGGAUGUCUGCACCCCUAUUAUAUCAUAUGUGAUAUGAAAGCUUGAAGAGGAAAAUGCUUUCCAACAUCAGACGAGCCCUGCACAGAGCUGCCAGGCAAAGGAACCUAUUAGCAAGCCAGGCGCUGUGAGCAUUGUUGGGCUGUGGUUUUUUUUGUUCAGUCAACCUGUAGCUGAGGUGAGAAUCCGGAUCCCAGUACUAACAGCGACCAGGGAAGGGGGCUGGUCUCCUCUUGAACUGGGAGACAUGACUGUGGUUUCAGGGGACAACGUGGAUGAGACGCUGGUGUCCCUGAGUGCUCUCGGUCAGGAGGGUUACGAUCCAGACAGAGCCACCCAGGACUGCUGUGAAAGGGUGGUCAUCAAUAUCUCCGGGCUUCGGUUUGAGACCCAGCUUAGGACCCUGUCUCAAUUCCCCCAAACCUUGCUCGGGGAUCCCAGGAAAAGGAUGCGCUUUUUUGACCCCUUAAGGAACGAGUACUUCUUUGAUCGCAACCGCCCGUCUUUCGAUGCUAUAUUGUACUAUUACCAGUCAGGAGGAAGGCUGCGCAGACCUGUCAAUGUCCCUGUUGACAUUUUCUUGGAAGAGAUCAAGUUCUAUGAACUGGGAGAGGAAGUGAUUGAAAUAUUUCGGGAUGAUGAAGGGUUUAUCAAAGAAGAAGAAAGACCUUUGCCUGAGAACGACUUCCAUAGGCAGAUCUGGUUGCUGUUUGAAUAUCCUGAGAGCUCAGGACCUGCCAGGGGCAUUGCCAUUGUCUCUGUCCUCAUCAUCCUUAUCUCUAUAGUCAUCUUCUGCUUGGAAACUCUCCCUGAAUUCAGGGAGGAAGCCAGGCAGGCGAGUGGACAACCUGCGGGCAACAGCACUCGCAUACCGAAUAGCAGCCCUUUCACUGACCCUUUUUUUCUCACGGAGACACUGUGCAUCAUCUGGUUCUCCUUUGAGCUUCUCGUGAGGUUCUUUGCUUGCCCAAGCAAGCCAGCUUUCUUCAAGAAUAUGAUGAAUGUUAUUGACAUUGUGGCCAUAAUCCCAUAUUUCAUCACCCUAGGCACUGAGCUGGCUGAGCAACAAGGCAGCAACGGGCAGCAGGCAAUGUCCUUGGCUAUUCUGAGGGUCAUCCGCCUGGUACGAGUCUUCAGGAUAUUUAAACUCUCCAGGCAUUCCAAAGGACUCCAGAUCUUAGGAAAGACACUUCAGGCUAGCAUGAGGGAAUUGGGGCUUCUCAUAUUCUUCCUCUUUAUCGGUGUCAUUUUGUUCUCCAGUGCAGUUUAUUUUGCAGAGACGGAUGACCCUGAAUCUUUGUUCACAAGCAUACCUGAUGCCUUCUGGUGGGCUGUCGUGUCCAUGACCACUGUUGGCUACGGAGACAUGUACCCUAUGACCAUAGGUGGAAAGAUAGUGGGAUCUCUAUGUGCCAUAGCUGGGGUAUUGACCAUUGCCCUACCAGUUCCCGUUAUAGUAUCAAAUUUUAACUACUUCUACCAUAGGGAGACUGAUCACGAGGAGCAGUCUCAAUACACCCAUGUGACAUGCGGCCAACCAUCCUCCUAUGGAGAUCUAAAAAAGAGUGAGAGCAAGCAGUCAUUUAACAGAUCAGACUACAUGGAAACAGAGGAAAUAGAUGACAUGAGAUAUGGUCACUACACUGCAAACCAACACUAUGCAGAACCCAAAAAACUAACAGAUGUAUGACCUGUUGUUGUUCAGUUCUUGAUUUUCUUCUAGAUGGGCCAAACAGGUGGGUGAGUACAAAGUACUGUCCAACAGCCCGGCACUGAAAAGCAUAUGGCUGUUCAAGGUGUUAUAGUUUAUAUCAGCACAGGGGAAGCCAACCACGGAGCUUGGAAUACUGUUGGGUGUGAUGUACUCCAUCAAGAUCUUAAACAAUAACAAUACCCUAACAUAUCUACCUUACAAACCAAGUCAACUGUAUGAAUGAAAUAGUUCUGCCCCUCCAGUACAGGGACUGUCCUAUGUGAUUUGCUUGGCACACGUUAAGGGCAGCUAAGGAUUAGUAUUUCCCACAGAAUAUUUAUCAACAGAUUCCAUGCCUGGCACAUCAUUUCUAUGGUAUUAACAGCUAGCAAUGGAUAUUUGCAACGGUGCCAUGUCUUAUGUGGAAUGGAAACCCUGCUUAACAACAGUGUAUUUUAUCAAGGACUUUGAAGAACAGCUGUGGUUGGGAGCCGACAAAUGCAAACAACAACGUAGCUCCCAUUUGAAUUCCCUGGCUCAGUCUUGACCCUCUACAUGGAUGGGUGUUUUGUGGGUACUUAUUUAAAAGCACUUUAUAGGGACACAUUCAUUCAUGGAAACCACCACCCCUUAAAAAGGAGACAACAAAAUCUUUAUUGAUUCAUAAUCUCACCUCGAUGUAGAAGCAUCUGCAAUUUUUGCACAUAUAUUUUUUUGUUUACAUCGAUGCCGGCACUGGCAUUCAAACCCUUUUCUUUGGCUGCUGGAGAUUUCAGAACUUCUUUCUAGCUGGGGAAAGGGUCACUUUAGUUGGACUAUAUUCAAUUUUAUUUUUUAAUUUUGCUACCAAAUAGUCAUAUUUGUAAGUGCCUUCAUGUGCAAGGUAAAACUCCAGGUUGUAUUAUGUUCAAGUGGUUCAUCAAUCUGCCAUGUAUUGUAUUCAGAGCUGACUUUAGUAGUGGCCCAAUUAGCACAACAUUUAUGUAGGAGGGCAAGCUGAGCAACAGUUGCUAUCUUGCCCUACUGUUUAAAUAUUGUCUAACAUAAUAGAACAGGAUAGAGACAACAGGGCAAGAUGGAGACAUCAUCACUCUAUCUUCUGUGGCCAUCUUGCUUUGCAAUAUCUGCCAUCAACCAACAUUCUCUUCCUACCUGUUCCUUUUCCAUUGCCCAAUCUUUAAUAGUGGGCCUAACAGAACAAUAUUUAUGUAGUAGGGUAAGUGGAGCAAGAGUUGCCAUCUUGCUCCACUGUUGUCCCAGUUUGUCUAAAAAGGACGGAGACAGUAAGGCAAGGUGAUGCGAUUAACAGUCUAUGUUCUGUAGCCAUUUUGCUCCAUUUUGCACUCUUCCUAACUGUUCCUUGGGGCUUUAGGCGGUUACCCCUCUGAUGGAUAUAACUUUAGAACUAUGGACUGUGACUUAUUACAAAAGGAGGCCGUUUGUAGGAUAGAUGUAUUGAGGUCAACUACAGUCCUGUGUAUAUAUCAAAGUAAAGUCAAUGGAAUCUCUAAAUUAUGAUGAAUCCAGUGGUUCCCAGAUCAAUGAUCCCUAAUAGACGGUGUUCUAAAGAUAGCCCAGACCUUUGGUCAGCUGAUGCCCUAUUGUACCCCUGUUGCACAGGUUGAUAUAUAUCACAAUGGCUGGUAAGUUAGAACAAUUGAAUUGAAAUAAAAAGCCCUAGAUGGGAACCACUAGAUUAACUAUCUUAAUGUCAAGGAAACCAUUCGUCUUGCUCUACUUUCACUGUGUUUUUAUUGGUGCCUAGUAUUUUUUUUUUCACGUCCCUUGGAAAAAAAAAACACUUAAUCAUGCUCCCAUUUAAGGAGAUGGGGGGGGAUGCUGCUUAAGUAAAAAGGGAAAUGCCAUACUUCAUACUGCGGUGUGUUAUGUUGUCUUUAGUUCACCGUUUACAUGCAAAGAUUAGGAAUAAAUGCAUGUUAUUUAUCAUU